GUUAGAAUAUGUUAAUGACUUCUUCGACUUCUAUAUCAAGUUAGACUUACCGACCACGUUGUGUUUUAAAAGUGUAAUACAGUGUAUCUGGACGGACAGUUUUUGAAGUGAAUUGGAUACAAUUAAUAGUUUUAAAGAGCGACUGCUAACCCAUCAUGCCUCAGUAUUAUAUGGUCAGGAGCAGAUUGAACGGUAUGGUGCUUGACAUAGACUGCGGCAAGCGAGAACCAGGUGCCCGUCUCAUCCUUUGGCCUGCUAAAACACAGGGGAACAAUGAUAAUCAACUCUGGGAGAUUGAUCACUAUGGUCAUAUCAAAAGCAAGAUGAAUGGCCUAGUUUUGGAUAUUGAAGGCGGAAAAACUACACAGGGAACUAAGGUUCUCACUUGGCAUGGCGAGGGAAAGGCGUGGCAAAAAUGGUACGUGGAAGGGGAUGGAUCCAUAAGGAGUCAACACAGCGGCCUGGUACUUGACGUUAAAGAUAAUAAUCGUUCACAAGGGGCGUCUGUUUGCGUGUGGUCCCACAAUGGUGGACAGAACCAGAAAUGGGACUUGAUUCCAAGCCGAUAGAAUAUCCAACAAUCUAAAAGACAUACAUGUACAAUCUAAAAGAAAUGUACAUAUAUAUGGUCCAGUUGGAAAGCACACCUCUAUUGAUGACAAUGUGCACGAAACAUAACUUUAAAUAUUAAACAUUAUACAUGUAAGCUUGUAACAUUUUCAGAUGAGCUCCUUUUCCUCCUGUUGAAGUACCACUCAUUUUGACAUCAGGAAAGCUUAGUACAAGUUAUUUCUACAUAUGUUUUAAACUGUGGAGCAUCUGUCAACGGGGCCAUUUAACUAUUAUUGUAGGCUCCAACAGGGGCCCAAAAAUGUUUUAUAUAUUGGAAUAUUCUUUUUCUAAAUGUAAUAAACUUGUAUGUGUAAAAGGUAUUAUAUUAGGUACAUUAUAUUAACAUUAUUUAUUGGGAGGUUUUGGAUACAGGGGUUUUCCAGAGGGAAACGGAUGUGUCAUCCGAGAGACAAAAGGGACCUAGACACAUAUUUUCUGAGAGAUAAACUUUUCCCUGAUCAAGAAAAUAAUUU